UUUUGUUAAUCAGUCAGCGUUAUCGGAACCUUGUUGAUCUCCGUCAUCAAACGAGCCGCUCUCUACGCCAAUGACACCAAAUUCAUGUUCCCAAACCGCCGCCGCCGCCGCCGCCUGCCUUGACCUCACCGCCGUCUCCGACCUCAUCGCCCGCCAGCACUGGUCCCGCCUCAAAGCCCUUGCCGGAACCACCUCCGCCGCCGCCGCCGCCCAACUCCUCCACCUCCUCCUCGAUUCUCCCCAUGCCAAUCCCCCCACCCUCCGCCUCCUCUUCCGCUGGUCCGAGUCCCACUUCCGUUCCCCCCAGCCCCUCCCUCUCCACUGCCGCCUCCUCCACUCCCUCGCCGCCGCCAAGCUCUACUCCGACCUCCGCUUCGAGCUCCACUCCCUCGCCAAGUCCGGCCGCCACUCUGCCCCGUCCAUCCUCCACUCCCUCUCCAUAUCCGGUGACACCCGUCGCCGGGGCGCCUCCCUCUCCGUCAUCGCCGACAUGCUGGUCCUCGCUCUUGUCAAGAAUUCGAGAACCGAGUCAGCCUUGGAAGCCUUCUAUCGCUCCAGGGAUUACGGCUGCCGGCUGUCGGUCCUCUCCUGCAACCCUCUGCUAAGCUAUUUAAUCAAGGAGGGGAGGAUCGAGAAUGUCGAGAAAGUGUACAAAGAGAUGAUCCGGCGGAGGAUCGCCCCCAAUCUGAUCACCUUCAACACCAUGAUCCAUGGCCUUUGUAAGGCCAGGAAGCUCCGGAGGGCCGGGGACCUUGUCGAGGAUAUGAAGACUUGGGGGUUCUCGCCGUCGGUGGUUACUUACAAUACCCUCAUUGAUGGGUACUGCAAAAGUGGCCAAGCAGGGAAGAUGUACAAGGCCGACGCUCUCUUGCGGGAGAUGGUGUUGGCGAAGAUCCACCCCAAUGUGGUUACCUUCAACACACUGAUUGAUGGGUACUGCAAGGAUGGGAACAGCUCGGCGGCGGCGAGAUUUCUUGAGGAAAUGAAAAGGCAGGAGCUGUCUCCUAAUGUGGUCACCUAUAAUUCGUUGAUUAAUGGGCUCUGUGGUGAGGGCAAGGUCGAUGAAGCUCUUGGGUUGCUUAAAGAGAUGGAUGAUUCAAAUGUGAUGCCAAAUGUGGUGACUUUUAAUGGGAUUGUUAAUGGGUUCUGCAAGAAAGGGAUGUUGGCCGAGGCGAAGGGAUUGCUGGAUGAUAUGUUGGAACGGAACGUGACACCAAGUGUUAUCACGUUCAAUACUUUAAUUGAUGGGCAUUGCCGUUCAGGUUUGAUGGAGGAUGCGAUUGCGUUGAAGAGGCUUAUGUCGGGGAGUGGAAUACGUCCUAAUGUUUCGACCUAUAAUUGUUUGAUAUCAGGUUUUUGUAGAAAUGGGGAUAUGAGCAGUGCUACAAAGCUAUUGGAUGAAAUGGAAGAGAAUGAUGUGAAAGCUGAUCUCAUAACAUACAAUGUUUUGAUCAGUGCCUUGUGCAGGGAAGGGAAGAUGGCAAAGGCGGUCAAGCUCUUGGAUGAGAUGCAGGAUAUUGGUUUGCAGCCAAGUCAUGUAACUUAUAACACUCUGAUUGAUGGGUUGUGUAAGAAAGGAAACCUCAGGGCUGCUUUGAACAUAAGGGCAAGGAUGGAGAAGGGUGGAAAGCAUGCGAAUGUUGUCACGUAUAAUAUUCUUAUCAAGCAUUUCUCUGGGAGAGGUAAGAUGCAUGAGGCAAAUGAGCUUCUGAAUGAGAUGUUGGAGAAAGGUUUGGUUCCAAACAGAGUUACUUAUGAUAUUAUUAAGGAAGACAUGGUUGAGAGAGGGUAUAUUCCAGAUAUAGAUGGACAUCUUUGCAAUGAUGCUGCUUGAACCCCAUUAGCGGAUAACGUUGGGAAUGCUAUGCUUCUCAUGGUUUUCAGAUGUCAGGAAAUGGAAGCUGACCAUGAUGAAAUAUAUGCACCCACAAGGAUCUAUUUAUGGCGUAAUUGAUCCGAAAGCAAUAUCAAGAAAACUGACUGCUUGCUGUGCUCAAGAAAAUUCAUUGCCUGGUAGAGUAGGUAAUGAUAUAGUUGAAGUUGAAAUGUUGGAGAGAUGUAUGCUUGCGAUGUAGAUUAAAAUUUUCUAACGAUGUUCUUCGAACCCAAUUGGAAAAAUCAAGACUGCUACAUACCAUCUGGCUAUCAGAAAGAGAGUCACUUAUGGUAUUAUUAAAGAAGAAAUUGUUGGGAGAGGUCAUGUUCCAUAUAUAGAUGGACACCUUUGUACUGGUGCUGCCUGAAUCCCAUCAGGUGAUAAAACUGGGAAUGCAGGGCUCCUCAUGGUUUUCAGAUGUGAGGAAUUCAUUAUUUGAAGAAUUUCUUUGAGAGAGUUUUCCUAGUCAGUGGCAGGUGUUGAUGGUGAAACAUAUGGGCCCAUGGGGAUCUAUAUGGCAUAAUUGAUUUGAAGCAAUAUUGGGAAUGGACCAGUACUUUCUUUAGGUUCGUUCCCUGGUAGAGUUGAUAAGUACAUAGUUCAUGAAACUUUGGAGAGAGGUAUUCGGUGAUAUAGAUGAAAUUACUGUAACCAUGCUUUUUAGAACCUAAUUGGAAAAACCAAGACAGCUACAUACCAUUUGGUUAUCAGAUGCAAGACUGGUAUGAACCAUAUGGUUAUCAGAAGCAAGGAAAAAAUUAUUUUGAAGGAUUCCCUUCUAGAAGAAUAUCUGAGCUUCAGGAUCAAACUCUGGAGUUUUAUGGGCACCAGCAAUUGUGAAGUUCUGGGCCUCUGUAUGUAGGGUGAAAACGAUUUGAGGGAAUUAACAAUCAUAAAAUCUCUCAGUAUUCUUUCUCUAAGUUUGCUACACAAAGAUGGUCUCGGUACUAUGGUUGCGCAUGCAGAAGCCAUGCUGGGAUAACUGGACUAUAUACAACAACUAAAUUUCUAGUGGUGAAGCUUCUGGGCAGUUAAUCACUACCAUGACAUUUUCAUUUGACAGUUCAUGUUUCAACAAAGCAUGCAGAGGUGAAGGCAGUGACCCGUCGAAUUCAGACAUAUAUCAUGUAAGUGCAUGUGUUUGAAAAUUAGGUCACAUGUCCCAGGUUUAUGUUAUUUCUAUCUACAAGUUAGAUUGGUGCAUGAAAAAUUAUAUUGUUCAUGUUCUGGUGGAAUAAUCAUGUGCUGUACUUAUGGAUGUGCCAUCAGGAAACAUGUAAUGUGCAUGCUCUUGACACUGAACAUCAACAUGAGUUUGCCCAACUUGUUGAAGUCUGUUUACACAAAUAAUCAGAAUAAAACUUUGACUUGUCUUA